CAAAGGUCAAAGGUGAGGUUUAACCACCGAACCUCAAAUGAAGAUCACACUUAUUACCAACAUAGUUAGAAAUAAUAUCUAUCACAUAAACAAAAAAUAUAAAAUAAAAGGAAAAAAAUACACCUAACCCGUUUAAAUUCGUAUUGGGUUCGUAUCGACGCAAUUAUGUAAAUGGGUCGAGAAUACUUGACCCAAACCCACUUACAAAAAUAUAAAAACCACUUUACAAAUUUAACAACAACUCCGUUUCGAACAAUUCGCUCUUUGCUCCUGACUGAGGAGAGAGACUGAACACCAAAUUGGCGGAAAUUCAUUCACUUCUAGGGUUCUCGAAGUCGUAUGUGAUCUUCGAAUCUCUUCAAGAACAAAGGGAAAUGUGCAGAAAUUGAGCAUCUAAGUGCGCUAGUGCAUUUGCUUGUACAUUAUGGAGCUGAAUAAAAUCAAAGAAUCUUUUGAGCACGUGGUAAAGAAGCGAAAAUUAUCAUCUUCUAAGUGUCAUGAAGUGGUUGAUACUAUCGACCAUGAACUUAAGCAUGCUUUAUCAAGAGUGCAAUUAGAUCAAAACCUUACCGUUCCAGAGGAUCAUAAAUCCAUUUUGAGGGAUCUGAAGUCCAAGCUUUCUGAUUAUGGCUCAGAAAAGGAGCUGGAAAACUCACAGAAAGAGCUUAACUUACAUCUCAACAAGUCUCAGAAGCUCCUUGAGAAAGUACUGAAUCCUUAUAUAUCUAAGGGGAACAGAAAGAUUGACUUUGAUGUUCAGACAAUUAAUCAGAUUAUCAUAGAUCAUCUCUUUUUCAAAGGCCUGUUUGAUGUUGGAGAUUGUUUAAGUAAAGAGGCAGUUGUCCCAGAAGUUAAUGUGCUACGAUCUCAGUUUUUUGAAAUGUCCCAGAUUCUGGAGGCUCUUCACAUUGAGAAUUUACAACCUGCCUUUAACUGGGUCUCUGCCAACCAUGAAAAGCUUAGAGAAAAUGGUUCAAGUCUUGAGCUGAAACUUCACCAGGUGCGAUAUGUGGAAUUACUGAAGCAGGGGAGCCAAACUGAUGCCCUGAAUUAUGCCAGAAGCAACCUUGCUCCUUUGGCUACUUUGCAUAUGGAUGAGGUUAAAAAACUCAUGGCCUGUCUUUUAUGGAUAGGAAAGCUUGAUAAAUGUCCUUAUUGGGAAAAGUUGGCUAUGACUAAUUGGAAAGAGUUGGCUGAUGAACUAUUGCAGCAGUUCUGCGUGCUGUUAGGCCGAUCUUGUCGUCCACCAUUGGCGGUGGCUGUAGAAGCAGGGUCUGAAGCAUUGCCUAUUCUCUUGAAGCUUGUGAAUCUGAUGGCUGUGAAACAGGAUUGGCAAGGGAUGGAGGAGCUUUCAUUUCCUGUGGAUCUUGGAAAGGGUUUUCAAUUCCAUUCAACCUUCAUAUGCCCAGUGACUAGGGAUCAAGGAACUCUAGAAAAUCCCCCCAUGUUGCUGCCUUGUGGACAUGUCCUGUGUCGGCAAUCAGUCAUGAGUAUCUCCCUGAAUAACAGCAGGACCUUUAAAUGCCCGUGUUGCCCCCGUGAUAAUAUAGCAGUUGCACAAUGCAAGCAACUGCAUCUCCCUUGAUGAUUGUAUAGUCCCUUUUAGUUAAAGUUAUCUUGUGUGUAGAGAUUCAGAGAAUAGUUAUCUCAGGAUUAGAGUAUUUGUAUUUAUCAAAUAGUAAUUCUCAUUAUAUAAAGCUAGUAACAAUCCACAUCCCAGUUGGUAUGUUUUGAAGUUA